AUGAAGAUAGGUCUAUGCACCCCUGCUGCAAAAAUCCCACAGGGUAGAAGCAAGGGGCAGAAAAGGUCCAUGCCUAACUCUCCCCCGGAAUCACCAACACUUCAGCCUGUUCCUGCACCACCUACUUGGGAAGACUGUCCUGAUAAUACUUAUGAGCAAGACCAAGGCUCAUUCGAGCCUUUGCAGCUUCCAAAAACAAUGGCAAGUGAAUGCAGGAAUCAUAUCUGCAUCACCUCCUGGAUCGAGAAGCUCCUCCAGAAGAUAGGAGAUGCAUCGUCUGCGAUCAGGAUGGGGUCUACAAAUAUCAAGAUUGUCUUGGGGAGCCACUCUAUUGCACAGGAUGUUGCAGGAGUCAACAUCGUUGCAAUCCUUUCCACUGGAUCAGUCAAUGGAAUGGUCAGUUCUUCGAGCAAAGUUGUCUCGCUCAUGUGGGAUUUGUUCGAAGGAGAUGGACCCGAGGACCAGCUUGAGCCUGAAGAUCUACCAUCCGUGUCGGGACCAGAGUUCCAGCCUAAGGAAAACACCAUGGUCAUCAUCGACAAGUCCGGAGUUCAUCGCCUCGAGGUUCGAUGCUGCGAUUGUCCAAAUACCAUGAGUCUGGACAUUCAAAUGUUUCGACAUGGAUUUUUCCCUGCAUCAUUCAACAAACCGAAGACUGUGUUCACCUUCAGAGUGCUCGACAAUUUUUUAUUGGACAACCUAGAAUGCAGCACCUCCGCGAUGAACUAUUACAGCAAGCUCCGUAAUUAUAUAUCUCCUUCAUCUAAAGGACAUUAUAUUGACAAGGCACUUGGCAAGGACCGAUACAGAGAGCUCAUGAGAGUCGCUCGACAGUGGAGGCAGUUGAAGACCAUGAAAUGGCAUGGCUUCGGUCAUCGUUCCAAUGCCCCGAAUGCCAGAGAUCUUGCAUUGUUUUGCCCGACAUGUCCUCAGCCUGGGAUCAACAUAUCCUUGUCAGGGAAUGAAACACUUGAUGACUGGAAAUAUACCCGGUCAUUUGUGAUGGACGGUAAUUUCAAAGCCAAACACUUGCAUCCCAUCAAGCCAUUUGAUGAAGUAUGGCUUGCAGAUGGGCUGGGGUUCAUGGUGGGAAAGGACAGCUGCAACAAUCACCAGGCAGUAAAUCAAGCAAAUGCGACUCAGCACAAGCUGGAGUCGACGGGUAUCGGGGGAGUUGCUUGUGCCCGCCAUGGCUGCUUUGUGCCUCAUGCAAUGGUUGAUUUUCAGAAAGGCAAAAGGCAAGCCGAACAUGAAGUUCUACAUUCACAAGUUGAUCAUGCAUCGUUUGCAGACAAAUGA